AUGGACCGACAUCUACGCCCGGAUCGUUUUGACACGGAUCCAAACUCUCCAAAUGGUGCCGAUUCCUGGGAACACUGGUAUUAUACGUUCACUAAUUUCCUAGGACCUGUGGAAAAGCAUAAACCAGACAAACUUAAAGCCCUCAUGCACUUUUUGCCGCCUACUGUCUACAAAUUCGUUUCACGAUGCACUGAUUAUGACUCUGCCAUUACGACGCUUCAAUUCCUAUACAUUCAAACGAAGAACGAGAUUUUCGCGUGUCAUCUUCUGGCGACCUCGAGACAGAGCACCAUUGAAACUCUAGAUCAGUUCAUGCAAAAGUUCAGAAACCUUGCUCAAUACUGCAAUUUUAAAGCAGUCAGCGCAAAAGAAAACGAAGAGGACGCCAUAUGUGACGCGUUUAUCAGCGGGCUAUUAUCAAACCCCAUCCGUCAGCGGCUUUUUAAAAAUAAAACACUCGAUGUGAGUACCGCUUAUGACAAGGUCAAAGCUCUCGAUCUAGCUCAACAACAGUCUCAAACAUUCGCCCAAGCCACUCCUUCAAUCUACGCUGCCGCUUGUCCUGCAAAAAAUGCAACUUGCAAGUCACGUGGCAAACGGGGACAUUUCCAGAAAGUUUGCCUGGCUCCUGCCAACUCAAAGCAUACCGCAGCUACCCCACCGUUCCUCAUCUUCUCCAUCAGUGCAGCCGCAGCCCCUGCAGGCUUUACUAAGGCUGUUACUGAUGAAACAGUCAACGGGUUAGCAUUGAAAGCUCUGGUGGACACAGGAAGCUCAGGAAGUUACGUAUCUGAGGAGAUCGUUUUCCGGAACAAAUGGUCGACAUUGACAUAGUCGUUCCAAGAGCGCAACGUUGAAUUUGCCCGGGAGACGAGUCUUCCGGCCAGUAGUCAGGUGGAUCUUGAAGCGGGCACGUACAAGGGUAUGGGUGAAUUGCAAAAUAUGUUCGUUUGCACUUCAAAAGAUCUGCGGAAAUUCGAUUGUCGUGAUUCGAAAUUGCAGCCCAGCUACGAAUUACAGUUGUUAACCGAAUAUAAGACCUGGAGUUUCACUUCAACGAAGUUAGAUGCCAAAGCUCAAUUUGUUCGUGGUUUCUGUCGUAUUGUGGCGUCGUUGCAACCGCACGUGUUCAAAGAAAUCCAGUUGCUCAAUCUGCCAGCAAGUGUUGAUCUUGCCGCUAUCGAUUUGAACCAAUCACUGGAAGUGUUACUCAAUCCAAAUGCCGGCGACGCGAAUUCACAAGAUCUCGGUGCCUCAACCGAGAAAGGACUGAAUACGUCCGGGGCAACAGAUAACUAUCGUCCAUUAACCACGCGUGAAGAGGAAGAUAUUCGCUUAUUUUUGGACGAAUUGAACAUCGAGUCGGUGCAACACAGUGCUGCCGAACUCACCGAAAUACUGUCCACACAAUUGGCAGAUGUAGAAGGAACCAAUAUUCACUCGAUCAUGGCGUCCGAGUCGCAAGUUUUGCAACUGAUGGCCUCGAUCGAUGUGGCCAUUACGCAUGCGCAACAGCUGGAGCAACAACUGGACGUCUAUCAUCAAUUUUUGGCGGUAAUUUUCCCCGAAUGA